CAUAGCUAAUUCCUGAUAUCCGGCAUGUCCGGCAAGAAGAGCAUCAAAUAUGCUUAGAAUCACUCGCCAGGUGCUAACAUAUGCCAAAACUGCAAGAGUGCCACCUGCACUAAAGUAUUUGACAGCAGUGGGUCUCACAUCCAGACUUGUACUAACACAGUCAUAUUGUGAUGCAGCUGCCAGUGAUGAGGUAUCCAAAGCCAAGCAGGCCAAGAAAACUGCAGAACCAACAAUUUUUUCCAAGAUCAUUGACAAGUCUAUACCUGCAGAUAUAAUCUAUGACGACGACCAGUGUCUAGCAUUUAAUGAUGUAUCACCUCAAGCCCCAGUACAUUUUCUUGUGAUUCCGAAAAAACCUAUAGCCCAGAUCAGUGAUGCUGAAAAAGGGGACCAGAUGUUACUUGGACAUCUAUUACUUGUUGCAAAGCAGGUUGCAGAACAGAGAAAUCUAGAGAAUGGAUACAGAAUAGUAAUAAAUAAUGGUCCAGAUGGCAGCCAGUCUGUCUAUCACCUUCAUAUACAUGUACUAGGCGGAAGACAGAUGGGAUGGCCACCAGGGUAGAAGAAUUGCAUGCAGCAAUUUAAAAUUCAAAUAUCAAGUUUCAAUGGAGACAUUUUAUAUUUAUCUUAAUUGUGGGUAUUUCCUUUGAACUUUCAAUGAAAAACAUGUAUAUAGAAGUUAAUUGAUUUUAAUCAUUAAUUUUAAUAUGCAAGAAAUUUAUUUCUUAAAUGUAACUACACAAAUGCAAGGCAAUAAGUUUUAUAUUUAUCUUAUUGCAGGGAAUAUUUCCUUUGAACUUUCAGUGAAAUAUAUGUACAUGUAUAAUUAUAGGAGUUAAUUAAUUUUAAUAAUUUACUUUAAUAUGCAAGAAAUUUAUUUCUUAAAUGUUACUACACAAAUGCAAGUGGAUAUGUUUUAUAUUUAUCUUACUGCUUCGAAGAUUUCCAUGUACAGUAAAAUACCUACCACACCAAGGUGCAACAGAAUAUGUCAGAUGCUCGAGUUAUCGAGGGUUCCGUGCCAUACAAACUUAGAAAAUACAAAGAAUGCAGCAUGGGACCUUAUAAAUUUCUCAAGGAAGUCCGGAUGCUUGAUCAGUGGUUGCUCGAGCGAACUGUGUUUGCUGUAUAUAGAAGUUAAUCAAUUCUAAUAAUUGACUUAUACUUAAGUGAUUUGUCUCUACAACUUAAUUGGGAAACUUUUUUUAACUUCAGAGUUUGGAAAACAUGUUGCUUUUAAAGUGGUGAAAAUAGUAAAAGGAUAUAGUCAAUUUUUGGUAGUGAUAAGAUUCAUAUAUAUAUAUAUAUAUAUUUAUGUUUACAAUAAAUAGGAAUUACCACUGAAAUUUUUAUGUUGGGUAUGAUUAUAGAUUUGGUGCUACAAAAAUGUAGCACUGUCACAUAUUUAUACGAUAUAGAUGGGAUGAUUAUAGUUUUAUAUGUAUUUUGAUGCAAUAAAUUGUUACCAUGCUAGA